UAUGGUGCGACUUCAUACGGUGAUAAAUACCGGUUAGAAAAGCACUCCAAUAUGUGAAGGAAUCGAAGUGUCUUAAGGUAAAAACAAAUUGAACGGUUAAAUAUCCGUUUAAUAGACAAAAUACAUUUUGAGAUAAACAGAACAUUUAGUGCAAUCAAAUCCUACAUGGCAUAUUAAAUAGUGACAUAAAUUAUGUCCACAGUGAAUUAAAAAACAGAGCGAAGGAAAACGGCUAUUCAGCAAAUGUAACAACUCAGGCAAGGCGUUGACAUUGACGAUCGACUGCAUGCGUCAGGAAAUCCCAAGAGGACGAGAAAAUUCACACCAAGCACGGCAAACCGUAUGUGUUGCUUUUAGAAGAUGAUGCGUUGUCUGUUUUAGAUACCAGAAAUAACGGGUUACUCUUCGAGUCUAUGCAUUUAUUUGACGUUAGUUAACAAGUGGUUACGUGAAUAGAUAACGCUUUGUCACUUCAGUGAAAUACGUUUGUCUAGUAGUAUUUAUAGAAUUCAGCAUAUGACCAUAAACUGGACUUAUUGAGUAAAUUUGCAGUAAACUACAGCGAACUACUUACUUUUGUAAGGUGACGUUACAAAAGUGAAGACAGGAUUUACACUUCAGUUCAAUCGUGGGAAGUUUUCGGUUGUCGAAGUAAGACAAAAAAUUCAAAAUGAGGGACUUACAACGAAAGCUGGUCGAGUUAAAAGACGCCAAAGACGAAAAGAUGCUGAAGCUGAAGGAAUUGAAGAUAAAUCCAUUCCGAAAGGGGCCGGAGGAGAAGGGAUUCGCCAAAUAUGACGAGCUUGACGAGGCUUAUGGCGAACUGGACGAGGGCGAGAUCAAAGAGGACCGUCCCAGUAGCAACUGUCCACGAUGGUGUGCACGAUGUCCCUUUGACAAUGUCAAGUGGUUCUGCCGCUGUGACUUUUGCGCGCGCAGAUAUCAGAUGGCGCUUCUUAGCAGCAUCGGGUUCUGUAUCUCUUUUGGCAUCCGUUGCAAUAUGGGCGUGGCCAUAGUCAGCAUGACGAGAAAUGAGACGUUUGACGCAAAUGGCGACGGUUUGUUAAAUCAACCCGAGUUCACCUGGACACCAGAGACGAUCGGGGUUGUUGACAGUUCUUUCUUCUGGGGCUAUAUUCUUACCCAGGUUCCGGGUGGCUACCUGGCUUCGAGAUACCCUGCGACAAAGAUUUUCGGCCUUGCAAUCGGGAUCUCGGCCUUCUUGAACAUGUUCAUACCCGGGGCUGCUCAGAUCCACUUCGGGGUCGUCAUGGCCGUCCGUAUCCUGCAGGGAAUCGUAGAGGGUGUGACAUACCCAGCCUGCCACGGCAUCUGGAGCCACUGGGCACCGCCUUUGGAAAGAUCCAAGUUGGCAACCAUCUCCUUCUGUGGUUCGUAUGCUGGUGCGGUUAUUGGAAUGCCUCUGUCCGGAAUUCUUACUAAGACAUUCGGCUGGCAAUCCGGUUUCUACGUAUUCGGGGUCAUGGGGAUCACGUGGUGCGUGAUUUGGUGGUUCUUAGCCUUCGACACACCCGCCAAGCAUCCGUACAUUAGCGAACACGAGCGCUUGUACAUCGAGACCUGCAUCGGGGAAAACACGAGCGUCUUGAUAAAGGACAUGAAGACCCCGUGGCUUAAGUUUGCGACGUCCAUGCCGGUCAUUGCCAUCAUGGUGGCGAACUUCUGUCGCAGCUGGACAUUCUACCUGCUCAUCAUCGAGCAGCCCAGCUACUUCAGCGAGGUCUUCAGCUUCGACCUGUCUAAGAGCGGCUUCCUGUCAGCGCUGCCUCAUCUCAUCAUGGCGAUCAUCGUGCCGAUAGGUGGCCAGAUCGCGGACUUCCUGCGCAGGCGCGGAAUACUCUCCACCACCGUGGUGAGGAAGAUCUUUAACUGCGGAGGUUUUGGCAUGGAGGCGAUCUUUCUGCUCGGAGUCGGCUUCACUCGGAACACCACGACGGCAAUCACGUGUCUCACUCUCGCCGUCGGCUUCAGCGGCUUCGCGAUAUCAGGGUUCAACGUGAACCACCUGGAUAUAGCGCCCCGGUACGCCAGCCUCCUGAUGGGCUUCAGUAACGGGUUUGGAACGAUCGCCGGCAUGCUGUGUCCCAUCGUCACCGAGUCACUCACCAGACACGAGUCUGCAGAUGACUGGGAGAGAGUCUUUAUCAUCGCCAGUAGCGUACAUUUCGCUGGUGUAGUCUUCUACGGAAUAUUCGCUUCCGGUGAGAAACAACCUUGGGCAGAUCCACCGGAGGAAAACACGUGGAAACCGGAAGACACGUUGAAACCAGACGAUAAGUCUAAUUCUUACGGCAGUUUGAGUAAGGAAAUCUUGUCAAAGCCAAACGGAACUAUAAUCGGAAGUGAAGGAUACGGCUACAACGAUUACGACCAAAAAUACACUUACACCGGUCAAAAUGGCGGCUUGAAGCAAAACGGAAGCGUCAUUGCCGAAGAGGGUUACGGUUAUGAAGGACCCGUCAAUAUCAACACCGACUAUUUCUCGCAAUACGGUGCACCGGUUUACGAAACAAAGGAAGAGCUGGUUCAAAAGCGCGCGCAUGAGCACGUGUACUACUCCGACGAUGAAAAUGAUAUAUGAGACAUUUAUAUACAAAUAUAUAAGUAUAUAUUCUAUUUAGAUUUUAAAUUGUGUUUCCCUUUAUCGCUUUUAAAAGGUCAUUAACUUAAUAGUUGAGACAAAAAUUAUACACAAAAACAUGCAUGUGCAAUAUUUUUUCUAUAAUGUAUGUAGGACAGUGGGUAUUGCGCGUAUUAUAUACCAGAUAAUCUCAGAUGUGAACCGCCCUUACAAGAACCAGAUUUAUCCUAUGCUAUUAACCCAUUUAUGCCUAGCGUCUAGAAAAAAGGCCUUGGCAAACAGCGUAAACCCAGAUGAGACGCCGCAUAAUGCGGCGUCUCAUCAGGGUCUGCGCUGUUUGCUUAAAGGAAUUUCUGUAAGAAAUAUUCUUAAUAUAGAAAUAAGUAAACUAGACAUCCCUGAUUUUGGAAAUAAAUUGAUCCAAUUUAGAAGGAUGAGGGAGACCAUUUGGCAUAAAUGGGUUAAACAAAUUGCUGGUAACGUGACUUUGUACGGAUAGACACAUGGCUAAAAGGAAAUGAACACCUUAUGUUCUUACAAUGCCCUUAUGAGUGUAACCACAUUUAUUGCGUUGAACCUAUUGAAUAUAAUAAAGGUCGUUGUGUAUUGUAAUUGUAUAAAAUGUGUUUUGGCAUAGUCACUGUCAUGUUCGCCAGUGUGUCGGUUCGUCUGUCACGUUUAUUAUAAACGGACAAUCAUUUGGAAAGUAAAUGCAUACAUGUUGGAUAAACGACACUUAACAUCACGCACUAACAAAUAAAAAUGCUGAGAAAUAGCAAUUUCUCUGUCAUUGAUGUACAUGAUUUUUCUUCUUUUUAAAUUGUGUGAAAAAAACAAUCAGCUUAAAAACAAGAAGCUUAACUAUUUCGCUACCUACGUACAUUUGACAUCUCAAAAAGAAAGGUAGAGAGUUCGAGUCUAAGUAGGGUGCAUUGUGUUAAGAAAGGUAGCCUAUAUAAUGGCUAUAUAAGGGCAUAUCGGACUGGUAUCGAGAGUAAAAAUGCUUAUCAAGAAAGGCGUGUAAUUAAAGUCAAAGUGGGUGUCUUUUUAUCGUUUCACGAGCUAAAUUUAGUUGUCAAUUAUAACUCAUUCGGCGAGGGUGACGUACUUACUCCUGUGGCAUUGCAUUUUUCUCGCGCAUAAAAUGUAAUGCUUAAUUUAAACUGAACAUGUAUUGUGUGGUUUAUGUUACUUGCAGUGACGAGCCGUGUUUGGCAGGUGUAUUUGUUCGAUACAUCUUUGUUAUUCAAGAUGGUUGUGCACAAAAAGAGUGCUCAAAAUGUAUGAAAAUGUAGUGAUUGUAAUAAUUUACGCAUACCAAGCGCUAAAUAUAGCUCUAUAACAGCAAGGUAAUGUGUAGAUUGCUAGAUUUCUUUAAAUACAAUGACCUGCAUCAUAAGAAAAUGGGUGUUAUUGUCAUAUGCUACCAUUGUGUAGUUCUAGAACAGCCUGCGAAUUCGUAAACGCUGAUCAGAAAUUACCAAGUCCGCCAAUGAGCCUUCAAUAAAACCACGAAACAUUGCGUGACUAAAUAGCGGGCAACGUAAAACCUGAAAAGACUGCGCUUGUAAGACCCAUUUUCGCAUGACGCGGUUUCAAUUAUGUGUGUUAACAUCCAGUUUGUAAAUGAGUCUUCUACGUGUAAAUGACAAUUUGCAGAUUGUUCACUUAAUGCAUGUGAAUAAAAAAAUAAUGAUUA